AGUUCUCUUUGAGUAAUCGAACACAAUGUCUGCCAAGGUUCCUCGCAACUUUCGCCUACUGGAGGAGCUCGAGAAGGGAGAGAAGGGUCUCGGCGCUGAGGCAUGCAGUUACGGUCUGGAGGAUCCUGAGGAUCUUCUCAUGAGCAAAUGGAACGGCACAAUUCUUGGACCUCCUCAUUCCGUCCACGAGAACCGUAUCUACAGUGUCAAGAUGCACUGCGGUCCCGAGUACCCUGACAAGCCUCCUUCGAUCCAGUUCAUCAGCCAGGUCAACUUGCCCUGUGUCAACCCCAACAACGGCAUCGUCGACCCCAACCAACUGCCCUGUCUCGCCCAGUGGAAGCGUGAGAACACUAUGGAGACUGUGCUCAUAGAGUUGCGACGAUACAUGGCCUCGUCCCAGAACAAGAAGAUCGCCCAGCCUCCUGAGGGCUCUACCUACUUCUAAGUCACGAACACCUCUACACGCCGUUAUGUCAAGAUAAAAACCAUACGAUAAAUCAAUGAAUCGAACUUGAAGAUCAACAAAGUCUUUUAAGAUGGAGUAAGAAAGAAGCCAACAGGCCAUACUCCGCUGUUGUUCGAGAAUAUAUGCGAUUAUAACGAUCGCGAACUACAAUAUGAUAUACAAAGCUGCAGAAUGCCUCUCCCUUCCCUUCCGUCUUCAUCACAUUACAGUCCCAGUAUCCUCCAAUUCCUAUUGGCUUUUCGUCACGUUCGUCAGAGAACAAAAUUGCUACUCGCUCUUGCGCCUGUCCUCAAGACCAAUCCCAGACCCGAUGACUCAAAGCAAAGUCGAUUUUCGUAGAGAUGGUAUAAGGCUAGACAUUUCGAGAUAUCCUGAAGAGAGUUGGGCAUA